GAGGGCUGUGCUGAAUCCGAGUGGAAGCAUUCAUCCACUUCAGACAGAAUGACCAUGUGGUAUCACCAUGGCGCUGUGAAAUCAGCCCCGAGAUUUGUCAAGGCUUUCCGUUGCUGUAGAUGCCUGAUCCAAGGGCCCACAUCAGACUUUUCUCUUGGAUAACCAAGUGCCCACCAAACUGAGACGGUCCCGAUGUCGAAGAGAAGGCUUUUGCUGUUGCAACCCACUGUUUACGUGAAACCAUAAUGUUGACGUGUAUUUGCUUGGAAGCAAGUUCCGAAUAUCGAGUCAGAGGAGCAAGAAGCAUGCCUGGCUCGCGAUCGACAGAAAAGGAGGCACGGGAUUCUCAAUAUCCCAAGUUAAAGUCAGACAAUUAUGUAGACUCGAAUGGGAUAAGAGGUCACUACUUUAGAGUUGCGAGCCAUCUACAGGGGAUAUUGUUUGAACGUACCAUAACUCGAGGGGAGGUCUAUCGGAAAGGCCAUAUAAAAUUGUCCGGCAAGGCUUGGAACAUUACAAAAAAGUGGCGCCUUUUAUUUUUACCCCGAGAGGGACAAACGAGAUCAAUCACAUCAUGGGGCUUUGCCAGGAGCUUCCAAUUUACUUUGUCAAAGUCGACGACUCAAGCGGAUCAUUAUGUUCGUGAUGCACCAUCAGGUCUUCCUUCACUUAUGGAGCGAGAAGCAUGCCUCAGUGUGGACAGAAACUAAAUCCUGAUUUGUUGAGAGGAGGUGGACUUUGAAUGUACCGUAGCUUGAUAGAACCUAAAUCAGAUGCUUAUCUACAAUGGCUGAGCUUCA